AUGCGUAUGUUUGAAUUACAAAAAGAACAGGAGCUUGAGAGGCAAAUGCGGCUGAAAGAGGAAGAGAUGGAACGGCAGAAGAGAGAGUACGAGGAGAGGUUGGAAAGGGAAAGGGUUGCGUUGGAGGAACAGCACGCGAAAGAAGCCGAAGACCUUCUUCACAAGCAAAGAACUGCAGACGAAGAAGCUGAAAUUCUACUUCAAGCUUAUCGACGAAAACAAGAAGAAUUGUUGGAAAAAGAGAGAUUGUUUGAGGAAGAAAUGAUUCGGCGUGAGAGGGAGCUGGAGGAGAAAAAGCGGAAGGAUGAACUGGAAAGAAUUGCUUCGCAGGAUAUGGUGACCGUCGUGCAGAAGGAUUCAACGUAUUCCGCUGCUCCUUUAGGUGGCAGUUUAGAGCAGUCCAAGGAGUUGGAAGAACUAGAGGAAUGGAAGUGGAUGUACGAGAUGAAUGUAGAACAGGAGAAAACGGCUCUGGAGGACGCUGUCCGCAAGAGGAGGGAAGAAGAGCAGAAGGCCGCGGAAGCUGCAGAGAAGUUGCGUCAGAUACAACAGGAAGAGGAUUUGAAGCGGAUCGAGGGUGCCCUACGUCAUAGGCGGCAGGGAGAGGAGGUGAAGGAAGCGGAGAGUAAACUGAAGAGGCUGGAAGUAGAAGAACAGGCUGUCCAGGCUAAGAAAGGUGAGUCUAGAGAGUAAGUUUCUAAAGAAACUGUGUUGCAGCGUCGGUAGGGGUAUAACAAGAUAAUGUAACUUGGCCACGGUAAAAAUUUUUCUGAAGCCGACGUCUCGAGUGUUAAGCCUUCGUCGGAGCAAAUCAACGAAUUUCGCUCUGACAAAGGGCUAUCACUCGAAACGUCAGCUUUAGAAACUCUUUACGAUGGCCAAUUUACCUUGUAACUCAGAUAAUUUGUUAAAACCAAAUUAUCCAAGAAAGGCGAGCUUUAGUUUUAAAAGCUGUUGCUUGGAACAAGAAGGUGUAAAGAUUCAAAAUGAAAGUUACCGAGCUGCACAUUCAUGUGGUAUUGUCUAUUAUGCUGAUGGUUGUAAUGGUGGUUCGAGAUUUUCAGACUGUUAUUAAAACCCGAGUGUGUGAUUUAUGCCAUGAAAAGGUUACUAAGCAACUAAUAACUACCACAUGAAUGAACUUUGCUGUACAAGGUGGUUUUAACCAUGAAGUCUGAAUGAAGCGUUAGCUUAAGACAGUUCAAAUGGAAGCAACUGAAAAUUAAUUUUUUUGUGAUGCCUUUUAGUUUUCGACGAGAGUUUUCUUCACUUUUACUCAGUAUAUUUGUGUAAGGUUAUUACCUUCCACGAGUUUUUAUAACUUUUUCCACGGGCAGCUGUCGAUGUUUUAAUAGGCGGCUGUGUCGUGAGCCGAAAGUCAAACAUGAAAGCCUGCGUGCAGGCUUAACAGACGUCGGUGAGAUGUCAUUAAGCCGUAGACCACCGGUAAACGAAACCCCUGAUUUCCCCUUCUAAUUUAGAGAAAAAAGUUCACCGAACGUAUGCCUCGUCAAAUUAUGAGAAAACCCGCCAAUUACUUCAGACAUUUCAUGAUCGAAUGUUCCUUUUUUUACACCAUUAUUUCCAGAUUCUAAAAUUACACCAAAUUCAAACAACUUUGUUUUGUUUGCUUAAGACGGAACGCUUGGCUGGCACGCCGAUUUAUUGAAAUAAAUUUACAUCUCCAUAGUGGUCUGUUUACAAAUUUCACGGAUGAGCGAAUUUUGCGUUUUUUCGUGUAAGCGACCGAAUACAGCACAUCAAAGCAAAAGAUUACCUAGAGACAACAGUUUUUCAGGAUUUGAGGAGCUAAUAGUUUAUGAAAUUCAAACGACGAGUGUUUAGAGGGGAAAGAGAACUUUUCUGUGGAAUUACACGGGAAUGGAUUGCAACGUUCGUAAAUCGAUUUAACGCUGUCAAGAACAUUUUGUGUUCAGACCGUCUUCGUUAAUUGUGGCGAAAACUUUCUUAUAAAAAGCGGAGUUUCGUUUUGACUGUCGGCAAUCGUCAAAAAUUGAGGUAAGAGUGAGGCUAAAUAUCCAACAACCCUUUUGGACUUCUUGAAAUUAUAGCGUCUGUCGUUGACAAAUUGAUUCGGGUUUUAGUCUUUCAGAGUUAAUUUGUGGAUUAAAGUUCUUAAUCAUCAUCGACCACUGUCUCUCGGUGUAAAUCACUGAAAUUUUCAACACUGAUCGUUCCUAAGCUUACAAUUUUGCCUUAACUCAUGAUUGACAGAUUUUACCAAUUUAGAUUGAAGUGGCUUUUUCUCGCACAUAUUCUGAAAGGUGUGAAGUAUUGUAAUAAUCCUUUGGAAAACAAGAAAGGAAAUUGUGCAUUUUAAUCGCUUUCACGUUUUUUGUUAUUCUAACGUUGUCAUAGCUUCAAUAAGGAGCGAAAGAGAUAUAUCAUAAAAUUUUGUUAUCACAUAACUUUGCUUGACUACAGUUUCUCUGUAAAAUGAAAUUCUUUUUCGUAAAUUAUAUUUGAAGGUUUUACAAGGCGCUUACUUCAAGUUUGUUUCAUUCAGUAACUCACAACUUUGAAAUUCUCUCCUUGUCUCAUCCCAUUUAGCCCUAAGAAUGAUUAACAUCUAAUUUCUCCUUAGAAUAUCAACUUGAAUGAAAAAUAAGGCCGCAAGUAUAAAGGAAAUUGAUCACUAACCAAACAAGCUCUUGAUUGUCAAAGAAAUUCUCCUUGUCAUCACUCUAAAAACGUCUAGAGAAAAGUAUGAAGAAUAUUCAUACUGAAAUGAGGAUGCAGAGGGUUGUUGCACACAGCCGUCGACUCGUAAAGCGACUAUUGCCUUUCUACAAGUAUUGUAAUGAAUCGAUUUGAUUUUAAAUUGGUAACUGAGCUUGAUUUGACUUUUGUAAAGUUUCCGAAAAAAGUUAAAACAUAGUAAAGUUUGCCAUUUGUUAGAUCAUGACGAAAGUUGGUAGAAACUUUUACCAUGAUCCUUUUUGGGUUGCGCGUUCCCGCUAAAAGCACUUCGCUCGCUUUCUUGUCUGUAUAAGAUGUAAAAAUGUGUAUUGUAUUUUAGAGUUUUUUGUUGUUCCUACCUUGUUUAUUGAACUAGUAAUAAUUUCAGAAAUACCACAGCUUUACACUUUUGAAAAAUCUAUUAGAUUUUUAUUUAUUCUAUAUUCUUCUAAGAUGUCUUGCUAAUGAAAGUGAAACGAUUCUCUCUGUGGAGGAUGAGAAAAUACUGAUAUGGUAAAAGGUUUUUGUCAGCUAUCAAAAGACAGUUGCUAAGAAAUUAUUAAACUUUGCUGACACAACUCGAGAGGGGAUGCUUGUUAGAGAGAAGGAUAAUUAGUGAGGGGUACUCAUAACAAAGGGGGUUAUAAGAGAGGGGGAAUUAUUAAUGAGGGCGCUUUAUAGAGAGGGGGGCUUAUUGUACCGUAGGGGAAAAGUGGUGAAAGCGAACGUAAUGGAAGAAUUUCUUGCAAUCGCGAACACAAUUCUUUUAGGUUCUCACACAAGGCAUUUAAAACAAAACAAAACUUGCAAUAGGCCAUUUUACAGUUGUGUACCUAGUUGCUAAGCCUUUGAUUUGGAGUGAGGCUGAAGGUGACCCUGUCGUGAUAGAGACCAGUAACUAGUUAGCAUGAUAACAGAGUAAUUUGCAUUUGAAAAACAGCAAGGUUUGUAUCAUAACAAGGUCACCCUUAGCCUCAUUCCCGUUCAAAGGCUUGGCAACCAAGCACACAACUGUAAAUUGGACUAUUAGACUUAGUUACAAAAACCAUAUUCUUAAAGAUAAAUUUGGAAAUUUAUGUAAAGUGAUAAGGAGAACUUUGUUUCUGAUCUUCACAGAAAUCGAGCAGCAGCGCUUAAUGGAUCUGGAGGCCCAGAAAAAUCGCUUGGACCAGGAAACCAGCACUAAACUGGCUGAGUUCAAUAACAGGUAAGGAAACCUCUUUCAGCAAUAUGCAAUUGAACUUCGUAGAUAAUGAGCGAUAACAUUUGUUUUCAUCGACUCCGCUCUAAGUUUACUCUUAGAAACUCUUGACUGUAUCUCGACCAAUCAAAUGCUAAGGCAAAACGAAUUGCGACUUGGUCACGUGAGUUUUCCCGCGCUUUAUGCCGUUAACGAGUAUUUACUAGAUUUCUCAUUGGCUCCUUGUGAUUUUUUGCCCUUUUCUGAUUGGCUGUUGUGAUUGCUCUCGUUUGGAUUACGACUCAUCGAUUAAGCCUUAUACAUGGAGUAUGUUCUCUCUCUUCAAGGAACUACUUUUUUUGGGCUAUUUACGAAAGUGAAAACUUACGAUAGGGUCUAGCCUAUCAUGACAGGUUUGAAAAACUACAGCAGUUGCGCUUUUUUUUCUCGUUUCUUGGACCAGUUUCGCUGAAUAGCGCAGUUCUUUACUUUCAGAGUCAAUAUUUCCGGUGCCCUUGGCAAUAAGUUAGUCUUCUUUAGCUCAGCUGAAAAUUUCUCUAAGCCCACAGGAAUUCAGAGGUCAGAGAUGUUGCUAGGCAAAAUGACGUAUUAAUGACGUCUGACGUUCAUUGUGAAGAAAAAUGCGUACUUUUGAGAUUAAACCCGGGAAUAAAAUACGAGGAAAUGAAAUAUGAUUGAGUUAAGUAGUUAGUUCUUCGCUUGAAACCCAAAACACUUCAAACCUCGUUCACCAAGAAAAAUCCUCCCGCUUGCUGUAUAGGCAUCGUCGAGCGGAGCUUGAGAAAAAAUCGCGGCAGAUCCUCGAGGAACGAGACCACCUUAGCACCACGUUUGAGGCAACGCGGCAGAGGACCACAGAACUGAACCAACCCCCUUCGGUGUCGCUUCUUUCCCCGGACAAACGGCUCAGCGUUGUAAGCUUAGGGAGUGAAGGUGACCGCGAUAAGAACACCAGGUAGGACUACUGAUGGCGUCAUUUUUGUUUGUCACGCAACGAUCCUGUGUGUCACAAAAAUUGUUCUUGUUUCGCGCAGAACUAUCGGACGUCGCAUAGCCUCGUGUAUACUGCACGAAUUCUCCACCUCUCAGCGUUGGAGUGAAAAUAGCUAGCACUUGAACACGGAAAUGAUUGAGAUGAUUGUUUUUCUUCUUCCUGAAAAAAAAAGACCAAAAAAAAUUUUUUUCCAAAGUAGUGCACCUCUUCUCUCAAAAGAGGUACUCAAUGCGAAGGACAAAUGUCUUAUUUUUUUCAACCUUCUUCAAGGAUUCGGAUAAUCAACACGUAGUAUUUUUUGAUAAAGAUUUAUUUUUUGCGUGGCGACAUCUCUGGCUUACGUUAAAUUUGAAUAGUGAUUAGUUCCUUAACUAAAAAUAGUCCCCGCUUUUUGGCGAAGUUUGUAGCGCGAGUAAGAACGAAAUUGAAGUUAGUGUGGGACUCUGGGAGUGAGCGCGCAAAAAGCAGGGAAGGUGAGAGAGAGAGAGGAAUCUAUUCCAGACCUACCUCACAAUUCUCUUCGCCGUAGGUAAUUAUUCACUUCAAGCGUAGCUUUAGUAACUACAGGAAGACAAUCCAGUUCUAGACCCUUAGUUGGUGAAAAUGGGUGGUCUAGUCGCUCAUCCAGUUGGAACUUAUCUCGGUUUCUUUGGCUGGAAGCGACUGAGAGUAUACCAACUCCCCCCUGGAUGGGUAGCAGGUCGUUAGCUUUCCCUGUCAGUUCGCUGGCCUGGUAUUUUUUUAUACUUCUGGAUGGAGGCACUGUGAGGCACAGAGGCACUGUGAGGUUCAAGUGUGCUGUUGAAGAACACAAUAGACUGACCUGGUUACGUUUCGAACCCAGACCUCUCGACCCGCUCACCCCCUUCUCGACAGAGGGGGGUGAGCGAAAAUCGGUGACUGUCAGGAAAACGGCUCACUGAUCCCCACUAAUUUUCGCUCGCACGUGUUUUUUCACUCGUUUUUUAUUGACCACGAGCCUUGAACUGAUUACAAAAAGCCUGGGGAAAGCGGGAAAAUUCUCAUUCUUUCUGCUCUUUUUCUCUCUUUUUUUGUCCUUUUUGUAGCAAUUCUGCUGGCGGUUACAGGACGAAAGACAAAGAUAAACCAGAUGGAGAACAGAUGAACUCGCAGAAGGUAUGUAGGAGUCUACUUCCAAAGUAACCUUUACCGUUUGUAAAAGAAAAAAUCUUGUUUUGUUUUUCUGUUUCGUCUUGCUUAUUAUUUCUUUUUGUCUUCUAGCCACUCACAAAUGGUUUUGCGGAUGAUGGAGACUGGUCCGAAUCAUCCGAGGAGGAUCACCAUGGCCGCUACUCUCCUUUAGUUGCCAUGACAAUGAACGGCACCAAUGCCAAGCCUCCCACGGGAAUCUCGCCACCUCGGGCUCAGUCUCCCUUGUACAAAGCGUCUACUCCGCUGAAUACAACAGGUGGUGGACUGGGCACGUCACCCCUCAGCAGUUCCUUUGCGCUCCAAGGUAAAAUAAUUUCAUAUUUGUAGGAAUCGUUCUAUGAAUGGGCCGUGGAGGAAAAGUUCUUUCGAGAAACUAUGAGGGAUUAAUGGUUCGAGGGAACUCCACAUAUCUUUUAGCAGUUCCCUAGAAUUAAGCCGUUGAGAAAUGCGUUGCCAACCAAAACAAAAACUCUUCGAGUUUUUCGUAAAAAAAAUAGGUUUUUAUCUACCUCAAGUGGAAUUUUGUUAAUUCUUCGGAGGCGAUCCGUAAUCGUAACAGCCCGGAAACUUGUCGGGAUAAUGCUGCGGCCGUAUUUUUUGACGCGAAAAUCUGAGGUAUUAGUUUGAUUAGAUAAACAGCUCUUUUUAGACUAAUCACUGGCAAAUUUCUUCGACACUAUUGCCAUGAUGAUUUAACACCCAGAGAUUGCUGCGUCAGAAGGCGAAAUCAAGUCAUUUUCGAUGGCGCACUUAUUCCGCGCGCGCAUUUCGUUUACACGCCACAGCAAAAAUCGGAUACGUCAUAAUGCACGAAAAAAUUCUUUGUUUACCGUUUGUGUUUUUUUCUGUUGUGGUAAGCACGCUCGUAAAUCUGAUCGACCAAGUCAUAUUUACAGUUUACAGCUUAUGAAGUGCUGAUCUCCGCUAUCUUUUGCCGUUCUUUCCAAGUGUUACGUGGUUAUCGCAGCUCUAGAUUUACCGGCGUCUUUCCAGCCUUCUCAUCGUAUGCGCUAUGCGUGUUGUUUGUGUUUUCCACCUUUGACGCCCGUGGCAUCCUUUCUCGUGGUUGUUCGCUUCUGAUUAGUGAAUUGCAGAUUAUAGAACAUUUAGGGUAGCUAAGCUAAACAUUCCCUUUGACAUUUCAGACAGUACAAGCUUCGCGCGUCUUCAAGAAGCCCUUCGUGAUUCAAAACGACAAGUUGACAAGCAGAAAGAGAGAAUUGUAGCACUGGAGACAAGCAGGAAGCAAAUGGAGAUCGAUUUAGCUGAACUUCAAUUGUAAGAAAGAUUUCUUGUUGGUGUAUGUCAAGUAUCAUCCAAUACAGUGAACUCUUAAGAAAAACGUAUUUCACAUUUCUUUUUCAGAAGGAGGGGAGACUGAGAAGGGUAGCUUUGAAUAAAUGUUAGAGCAGUUUUCAGUUGAAUGACGAAGUGCCAAAACAAAAGUAGUAACAACGGCCAAUAACCGCAGGGAUAAACAUCAUCAUUAGCCAAUGAAAACUCCGAAUAAAUACAAACGAACUGCUUAAAGCGCGGGAAAACGCGGGCAACCAAGUCGCAUCUGAUCGGUUGAGGAGAUGGUGCGAGUUUUCCGAACCAAUUACACAACGAAGCAAAGCAAAACCAAAACAAUCCUGGCUUAUAAUCAAAGCUCAAUUGAAAAUUGCUCCAAUGUAAAUAAAAUUCGCAAGGUAAUAAGCUGGAUAUAGGUUGGGAAUGCAUCCAACUGCGAAAUCGCACCUACAAGCCUGUCUCCGGUUAUUCGAAGGGUGAAUAACGCUAUUCAUUGGAUAGAUCUUUAUUCGGUGGAUGGCGCAGUAGGUGUUGUUAACUUUAGAACAGUUUUCAGUUGAGUAUCGAAGAGUGGCCCAGAAAACAUCGCGCCACAAUCGCAACCAAUCAAAUGCUAAACUAACUCCAAUUACGACUUGGUCACCCGCGUUUUCCCGCACUUUGUGUAAUUUGCUUGGUUUUAGUUCGAGCUCUUAUUGGUUCUUAAAGUUGUUUUCCUCUCCUCUGAUUGGCCGUUGUGAUAAUUUUAGUCAUGGUUUUAUCCGCUGCACAGCGUUCUCCAUAUUUGAAGGCGUUAUCCUUAUGAGGUAUAUAGCUUUUUGUGUGUCUUACCUUUAUGAAGAAUGUUUCUCAAAAAUUUAUAUUUUUUUCCCUUACCAGGAAGGUGGAGACUCUAACCAAAGAGAGAUCUGAAUCUGAGCGGCUGAAAAUGGAGGUGGAGUCAGCCUAUAGAACACUGCAGUAUAAACAUGAACAAGAGAGCGAAGCUUUGCGCGUGUCUGAAGCUCUUCAGAGUCAACUGAAGGAGCAGAUUUCAAGAUCAGAAGAAAAACUUGCUAAGUAGGUUGAAGUGAACAAUUGUUUUUCGUCAGCGCUGUUUUGAUCGGAGAAAGAGUUUAGGCCGAGAGUUUUUUCUUGUUGUUUUUCAAUGUUUCCUUUUCCUCUGUGACUCUUAAUGAUCCGCUUAAAUUCUAGUUCGAAAGCAAACGUAAUAUUUAAGUACAACGUGAAGAGCAUCCUUUUUUGUGUUUUUUUAUGGGGUCAAGCUUGUUAUUGAGUUUUUUGUAGCUUAAAUGUUGGACAUCGUUCUUUGUAUACUUAAAAACGCUUUGUUUUUCAACAGGGAACUGGAGAAACGACAAAACUUGGAGGUCGAGAAGCGCCAGCAACAAACUGAAAUCAAAUCCUUGCGCAACACCGUUCAACAACUUGAGUCCGAUGUUCGAGACCUUAAGAGGGCGCUGGCAGAAGAACAAGACACCCGCGCCGCGCAUAACGAAUUACUUGAUGAAGAAAGGCGUAAAAACGACGCCUUAAUGGAAGAAACGCGACAUCAUUCCCAGCAGAAAACUGAAGCUCUUUAUCAGCUUGAAGCGGUGGACAAAACUCGAAAGAGCUACGAAGAAAGUAGUGGCUCAUUGAGAGAGGAACUCAAAGCAGCACUGGUAAAAAUUAAUGAAUUAAUAACUUAUCUCUGGAGCAGUUUGCUUCAUUCCGCUUCGUGAUUGGCCCAUAACCAACCAAUAAGAGGCAAAACUAAAAAUCAAUAGCGACUUGUUCACUGGCGUUUUCCCGCGCUCGAGAACGUUUGCACGCGUUCACUUUGAAUGUAUUUUGUAAAAAGCGCGCUAGGGUUGUAAGAGUUGAGUGAAAUCACUCAUUAUUUGUUUUGUAGGUUGAGUUGGCUGAAACGAAGGCUCGUCUAGAAGCAACCAAAGCAUCUAUGGGAAAGGAAAUAUCCAUUUUGAAGGAAAAGUUAGAGAAAAAAGCGGUCAAAGUGGUAAGUUACCACAAACCAAAAGUAGAGAACACUCUAACACUCGGAAAAAGAACUUCUUGAUCAAAGAUUGUUAAAGUUUUGAAGAACACUCGCCACUCGGUUAUUAUCUCUAACCCAUAACCUUUCACCCUUAACCCUUAGCCUUUCACCCUUGACCCUUAACCUUUUUAACCUUUCACCCUUAACCCUUAGCUUUUCACCCUUGACCCUUAACCUUUUUAACCUUUCACCCUUGAGCUCCCACGGUCUGAUUUCUAACUCUUCCCUUUGACUGAUACACAUGUCCAUGUAAUUGGAGUUGGAUCAAGGUAACAACUUCUACCUGAUAAGUUUUAGUAUUCUUAAUACCUGUUUGUCCCAUAAUGUAUGUAUAUUAUAGGGAGAAGUUACAGGCUCGUCACUUGCAGGAGUUAAAAGGUUAAAAUAUUCCUGUUUUGUCCCAGGCCAAGCAUGAAGAAGCGCUUCUUCAAACUCGCGCCGAAUUCGAUUCACAUGUGGCUAGCGGUAGAAACGAACAUGCGCAGAUAAGCAGCAAGUUGGAAAGUGAAACGCAGACGAGAACUCGCCUGGAGUCUGAGGUACUUCAUGUAACUAUUGCAAUGUGUGACAUUACUGACAGGAAGGGGAGAUCAAUAGUGGGCUAAAUCCAUGAGUAAUGAUUCCGGUUUUGACCGCUGACCUAGGUGUACCGUGGUGUGUUUUGCCAGACAGUCAAUUUUCACUAUAUGCCUCUCUCCACCCACCCAGGAAAAUAAAUGGUACAGGGAAAUUUGAAAAAAAAAUCCGAGGGGAGGGGUGGUUAGAAAUUGUAAUAAGGGAGGGGGGAAGUGCAUCGGUAACCUAGGCAGGGAAGGGAAGGGAAGUAGCUCUAAGGAGCUUCAUUUUAUGUACAGAGGGUAGUAGUAAUUGUGAUUCCCAUCAGCUGUAUAUGAGGGUUGGGGAUAGACUUAACUUUAUCAUGUAUUCGUCUGCAUUGAUGUUUAUGUAACAAGAAAGUACUGGGAAAAACGUUUUUCUUUGUUUCUUUUGCUUUGUUUCGUUGUUUUUUGUAGGUUUCGUCACUGAGAUCACGCCUGGAGAAAUCGGACAAGGAAUUAGAAAGAGCAAGUGUCGGAAGAGUGGAGGCAGAGAGGUGAAAAGUCUUUAAAUUAUUUUCUCUUCGCUAAGUAUUUCAUUGUUCAUACCAUACGGCAACGUUAUUUAGGCCGCAGUUAAUGAAGAAUUGUUUCACCUGAUAAACUGUUGUGUGACAUACAAAGGGACGAUGAACUUGUUGCGUGACCGUGACAUCGCAAGACCACUAUCGGCUUCACUUUUUGGCUUUCAACGGAGAAAGCUUUGUCUCUGGGCUAUCUCUUGAAUGAUGUCCAAGUCGCAAGUGAAUCGUAGAAAUAUAAGACUGAUUUAGUUGUUUGUUGUUUUCAGACAAGUACAAAACCUUCGUGAUGAACUUUAUCAGGCGAAGCUUCGACUAGAAAAAGAGACUUUUUCGCUAAAAGACACAAACAAGGUAACUUUUUUAGAGCAGUUUUCACGAUGGUCGAAAGAACCCCGAAUGAUAUUUAUUUUGCUGCACUUCGCUCUCUGAUUGGUCAAGAAAAACGCACCACUCUCUCACUCUUAACCAAUCAGAUGCAAAAUUAAAACAACCGCGACUUGGUCAUUCGCGUUUUCCCGCGCUUCAGGCAGGUUGCUUGUUUUAGAUCUGAAUUCUUAUUGGCUUGUUGUGAUGAUUUCCUUUGCUCUGAUUGGUCAUAGUGGUUUCUUUGGUUUGGGUUUUACACCACUCAAUCGAAAUGCCCAUGACAGUAACUUUAUUUCCAAUUUGUUGGAAGGGUUAAGAGUUAAUUCUUUUAUGAAAAUUUGUCCUAAAAGGUAACAAUGAUUCCUUUUUUCGUUCGUAAUGUAAGGGUCUUGCAGUAAAGUUGGAGGCUAUGGAAAGUAAAGCAAGCAACCUUGACAUUGAGGUAAUGAUAAUUCCUGUCGAAUAUAUUUCUAAAUUCUUGGGGAGUUGUUAGAUUAACAGAUCGCAUCCUGGACUUCCCUUUUCGAGUCCUUACUGGGUCGUUGUGACCCAAGAGGGGGGAGGUGUACCCGGUUCUCGAAAUCUGACUUAUUUGAGGCCAAAACAUCCCAUUUUCCACACCCGGUUUCCGACUCGGCCUUCAAAGCCAAAAGCCUUUUACAGGUCAAGUAUCACGGCCAAAAUCAGAACUGUUAAAAUUAACCCGAAAAGUUCGUUAUCAGAACCCAGAACUUUAAGCGCUUUAUCUGAACUAACCACUCUUAACAAGAACCCACUUUCGUAUCGUCACGCAACGAGAUGUCGAGAGCGAGAACCCCUUUCGUGACAAAACCGAGUAUCGGUUGCUAAGGCGACAUCUAUUCCUCCUACUAAAACUUUUUAAUCCUUCAGCUGCAAAAUGCUAAUCUUUUACUUACGGAGCGAGGAAGUCAACUGAACCUUGUACAGCGUGACACGGAAUACCAGAAGUCACAAUUUGAUAGGCUGCAAGAAAAGAUUCGACUAGAAAAGGUUUGUAGAAGUGUCACGUAGUAUCACACAUUGUGGUCACGCUGUUUCAGUAGUCAAGCUUAUACUAUCAUCGCAGUUAGCUAUCUUAGAGUUGUCACGCAGUAGAGAGUCACGCGCAAGUGGCGUUGCGUCACGUCUGCUAUGUCACGAUCUAAUCGUUUUAUCCUUAGGUCUAGAGAGAAAUUUUCUUCGCUUCCUGCCAUUUAUUUCUGGUAAUGUCAUUUCUAAAAAACUUGGUGUUGAAUAGAACAGUAACCCCUAGCAUAUGUUUUUCUUUUUCCUGAUUACCAGCCAGCCAGGCAAUGCAUUGAUAUGUUGAAAAGACUACUUUGCAGUCUUUUGAAAAGAUUAUGUGUGCUGGAAUUUAUAAAGGUCAGCUGAGUGAUUACAUAAGAACGCUUUUCAGAGCUAUCCUCAUCUAAAAGAUUGCACAACACGAUUUAUUUAGUCAUAAACUCGGUUCUCAGUGGAAUAAAAGGACCUAAUACCCUUGUCAUUAAUCACAUCAACUGUUUCUCCCUUUCAGGAACAAAAUUCAAGACUUACUGGUAAACUAGAAAGCAGUGAUCACAAGUAAGUAAUAUAAAUUGAUAAUAAAUGUGUUUUAUGGACAAUCUGAAUUUUUGUGUCAUGUAAAAAAGAUGAUUGCUUUACCCAUAACAUUUGAGAAGUGUUUUUCUUAACAAUCUCCCUUGCCCAAGAACUCACGUGGGCGAAUUGAACUACCAGUAAAGAUUACUUGAUAAGAAUACCUGCUUAAAUUACUGCGAAUGGCUUAAGCUUAAAUUCUACUUCCAAAAGAAUUCCCUGGCAAGUACCAUUCACAAGUGCUCUGUACUUAGAGCAUUUUGAGAGUGGAAGGUUAUCCGGGAUGUCAUUGGUUUGCUUCGGUUUCGCUUUACUUCGCUCUGUGAUUGGUCCAAAAAACUCACACCACCUUCUCAACCAAAGUAUAACUAAUCGCGUCCCGGUCGGUGCGUUUUCCCGCGCUUUUAACAGUUUGUUUUUGUUUUGAGCUCUCAUUGGCUAAUGAUGAUGUGAAUCUUUGUGCUUAUUGGUUAUUGUCAUUACUUUGGUUUCGGUUUUUUGGCACUCAUUUGAAAACUGCUCUGAAAGAAAAAAAAGAAAGAAAUUUUCACUUGCUAAGGAAGAGUCGCCAGUAUCCAAGUGGCCUUAAAAGUACUUAUCGUAGGUAAAUAUGAUAGAUAGAAUUACAUUAAUAAGAGAGAUUACCAGACAUGAGGUUCAAAUUCACAGUACAUUCUUCAAGAACUCAUGUGGACAAAUUGAAUUCUUCAAUACAUACCUUCUUUAUGUAAAUCUCAAAGAAAAAUUAUGUGUUGUGUCUCAGAAUUUCCAGUCUCCAUGCUGAAUGUGACACGUUACGCCGGAGAUUGGAAGAAGCAACGGAGAAGUUGCGGAAACAGGAGGAAGUUGCCAUGAGAACAGAGGUGGGUCUGCAUUUUUAUCAGUUAACUUCAACAGAGCUCGGUUAUUCGAAGGGUGGAUAACGCAGUCCGCUGGAUAAAUCUAUAUCCGGUGGAAAGGGCAGUAUGUAUUGUCAACACUUAUCUACCGGAUAGUGAUCUGUCCGGUGGAUAUCGAUAUCCACUCUUUAAACAACUGACUCUGGUUCUAAAUUUAAUUCCUCUACUCUUAGAUUGUCUGGAGGCGUUAUGGCCGAUUGGUUAGGGUGACAGACUUGAAACCCGGUGGUCCUGGGUUCAAGCCCUCCACCCUAACACUCAUUGUAUUUAUUAAUGUUUUUUCCCGAGUUCAACUCUUCAAUUGCGCUGUGCAAAACCCAGCUGGUCUUAGUUCGGAUAUUUAAACACUAUAUUUGUCCAUUCGUAUUGGCUCCGAAAAGCCCCAUUGGGGAAAUGGUCAAUGAAAUAUUCAUGCAUGUAUACCUCCUUGAGACUUGUUCUUAUCAGUUAUAAGCUACCAGUAUGGUUCAAGUUUUGCUCUCCUUUUGGUAGAUAAAAGCAUGCAACACUCGUGAGGUAAGGUUUCCCUAAGAAGCUGUCUGAAAUAUUUCAAAACUCUUGGUAUAUUUUGCAGGAAAAAUUUAACGGCUUGCUUGCGUCAUCGAGAGCAGAUUUUGAAAAGGUAGGUCACAUUCAAAUCAUACAUGUUUAAUUUUUUUCUGAACGAAUAGGGUGAUUUUGACAAGAAUUGGGUGUACUAAUGCCGAGACACAACCUCAAGGAAAAACAGCGAAAACAGUAUGCUUUUGAACUAGAGCAGUAAAAGUUUCCGACAGAAUUGAACAACAGAAUGUAUAGCAUUCAAAAGUUGUGGUUUGGCCUCGGUGAAUUUUCCGAUGGAAAAAAUAUGUAUUUAUAUUUAUGCUUUUCAUUGGGUCUUCGUAUUUAAGAGUUGCCCUGAAUCAGUUAAGUGAGUGAACCAGUGGUUACUUUUAAAAGUCAUUUUUUUAUUCAGGUCUGUGAUGGGUUUGGUUAUUUUUAAAUAGUAUGUGAUGACGUUUCAAAUUUGUGUUCCGUUAGAGUAAACAAGUUAUGCAAGAGAAACAUGAAAAUCUCUUGGACAUGAUCAACAAACUCAAGUCAGACGUUGAGAAAGGAAAAGAAAAGAGUGCACAGCAGAAAGCUCACAUCAGGGAUCUACAACAGGUCUGGUUUUUCCCUUUUUCUUUUGUUGACUUUUUUUUUCUUCUCAUACAAGCUGCCAGCAAUUUUUUUUUUUUUUUGUUUAUAUUUUUGCUUUUUUGUAAUUCGUCCGUUCUUUCUUCGUUCGGAUGAGUUCGGUCGUCGUUCGUUCAUGUGAGGGUGACAUCGUUCGUUCUUGUGAGGGUGACAUCGUUCGUUCGAAUGAGUUCGUUCGUCGUUCGUUCAUGCGAGGACGACAUCGGUCGUUAGGAUGAGUUCGUUCGUCGUUCUUUCUUGCAAGGUUGACAUCACUCGUUCGGAUGAGUCCGUUCGUCGUUCGUUCUUGCGAGGGUGACAUCGUUCGUUCCGAUGCGUUCGUUCGUCGUUCGUUCAUGCGUUCGUUGUUUUUUUUGUUGUUGUUGUUUUUUUUUAUUAUUGUUGCUGUUACUGAGCCCUCUUACCUCGCCUGAACUUAUUUUGUGUGGAUGCUGUGGCUCAAUGAUAUUUUUUUCAUGUAGGAGUUAAACGAAACAUCCAAGAAACUUGUUCAAACUGAAACAACGUUGGCAAUGCAAACCAAGGUAUUUAUAUUUUCUUCCUUAUCUAUCGCCUGAAAAAGGAAAUCUAGGAAAAUACUUGCAAGUGGAAAAGAUUACUGUAAUUCUCCAACGCGUAUAUCUCAGUACACAGCUUUUUGAUAACCUCGUGCUGUUGUCAAUGUCUUUCCGGUUUUUUCUUGUCUUAGCUUCGCGAAGAACUGGAAGAUGAGCGUUCGCAGUUAAGAAACCAACUGAGCAAUCUUGAAAAUACGGUGAGUUAAUCUUUCUACUACAAAAAUCAUUUUGUGAGAGUUCAGAUUAAAAGACUACAACUCAAUAAGAUGGACUACCAUUUCUUUCUUUCCCCCAGGGACAGAUUUAGGAAUGGGGACGGGGUUGGGUGGGGUGGGGUCCUCACUGUGACUCCGAAAACACAGCCCUUCUUUUUUUUAACACUACAUCUAAGUUAUUUAAGAAAUAUUUUAAGGCCAGUAAGUUUAUGAGUUUUGCAUAGAAGUCACUGUCCCCUAAUGCGUAGUAAUUGGAGUCGUGAGGUAAAUUUGAUUUAAUAUCUUUGUUCUUCCGUGAUUUUAUAGGUAGUGACGGUAGAAGCCACACGAGGCGAGGUUGCUGGGCACGCCAUGAAACUCGAGGAGGAACUGGAACACACGAAACGUGUUCAUGGAGAGACCACUGAACGGUUAGUCUCUAGGAGCGCGGACGUGGAAUCCGUCACCAAAUCUUUGGUAAGUUUUCACAAUGAUGAAGUUAAGGGCGUGGGAUGUUUUGUCUUAGCGCAAUUUUCAUUGAGUUUCGUAAGUUAUCUUUGAUUGCGUGGUUUUGCUUUGCUUCGCUGGUUGGUCCUGAAAUGUCGCGCUGCCCCCACAACCUUCAAAUGUAAAUUAAACCAAUGGCGGACUUGGUCACCCGCGUCAGUUUCCCGCGUUUGUUUUUACUUUGAGUUCUGAUUGGCUUCUUGUAAUAUGUACCUUUGUUUUCAUUGGCCGUUUGGAUUGCCAUAGUUUAAGGCUUACGGCACGCGAUCGGAAUGCCCCGCCAAACAUGGUGCAUAUGUUGCUUUCAACGCUAUUUAGAGUGCAAAACGGAGGGAUUUUUUUUUUCUUUCUGCAAACUCUUACCGUCAGCUGUUGAUCUCUAGUGGGGAAGAUGCUUUUCACCAGAGAAAGGCUCUAUUAUAAUGUUUAAAGACUAAUGACGUAUAAGAAAAAAAUUCUGAGUCCCCAUGAGGAAUGGAACCUCCGACCUUCGGAUUUGCGCUCCGAUGCUCUACCACUGAGCCACAAAGACUCUUCGGUGAGCGGGGUCUAUUACGAAGUUCUACCUUUCUGUCAAAAACAUUACGCUAUCGACAUUGCUGAUCCUAGCAGUAUGCAGGACUCGUGUCAUUAGAACUUCGUAAUAGACCCCGCUCACCGAAGAGUCUUUGUGGCUCAGUGGUAGAGCAUCGGAGCGCAAAUCCGAAGGUCUGAGGUUCGAUUCCUCAUGGGCACUCAGAAUUUUUUCUUUGUCCCACGCUCGUGACAAGACGAAAAAACAUCUUUCUUAAUUCUUCACCGAGCUCAAAACUUACCAUCUCUACUUUUCUGUCUAAUGACUUAUAGCUACGAAAUACUUAUUAACUAUUUAAACUAAAAAAUCCAAGAAAUCUUUGAAGAUUUGAUACUCAUAGAUCUUCCUCUGAAUUAAAAAGAUAUAAAUACAAGUUUACAACACAGCAUUUUGCCCUCCACGCAGUCAAUCACUUACAACGACGCGAUAGUUCACGUCAUUGGUUUCAAACCAGUGACACCCACACCUCCACCCCAAAAGAAAAAAAACCGCAACUUAUUAAACAUUAAGGAGGUAUUGUCUUCAGCCGCCAGCUAACGAGGUAAUCUGCAUAAUAACCAGGACUUAAACUUUUAAUUUUUAACUUCUGUUGUUUUAAUAUGCUUGUUUCAUUUCAUUACCUUUUUCUCUCGCAGUCUGUUGAAGAGGAUGGCGAACAACCGGUAUAACAUUCUAUGAUUAACUUAUUCAUUUGUAAAUAUAAUUUAAUCUGAUAAAAAAUAUAACUUGUUAAACAAUAUUUUUGCUGCUGUAUCUUUUUUCUAUAAAAAAUCCUAUUUUUUAAUUUGUAUUCAAAUUUUUGUUAAAUUAUCGUAAAAUGAAAGCAAAAGUGAUUACCAUUUCAUUGAAGUUAAACACAUAAUACUAGUAGCUGCAUGUUUUCUAUCAUUAAGGUUGAUGACGAAGUUUCGAAUCGUUAGCCCACUUACUUGAGAAACUAACGAUGUUUUAACUGUCUAAAGCUUUCACUGCCGCAGAAAUUAUAUUUUGUUGCAGAUUUCAAGCUGUUUUCAUUUGUAGCCGGAACAGAUUUAAUCAAUACAAGUUUGCCUCUUAAGGAAACGAUAUUUCACCAAAUAUUGAUAAAAAAAAAACAUUGAAAAUUCUCAAAUGCACUUUCUUUUUCAAAUUUUAUACCUGAUGUAGAAAAAAUAGCUUUUUGUUUUGUCUCUUUUCCUAAUUAAUUUCGUUUUCAAUUCUAAAAAAAGGUGCUUUACUCUUGAGGUUUAUGUUUGACGAUAACUAGUUAAGAAUGAAAAUGUAUUUGGGCCCGAUUUGAAAUAUUUUUGGUUAAACCAUUAAGUCCCACAUGCUGUGAAACCGUAACAAACCCUUUCUCGAUUUACUUUCCCCUUAGGCAAAAAAAAAACUUACAACAAUCUCUUUCAUUCAAACCCUCAGGAGUCUAAGAUCUUGAACAUGUUAAAAAUAUCGGAAAGCGGGCGUUGAAAUUGCGUUCGGUUUUAUUUCGUUAACAGCUUAUUGGCAAAAAUAAUUUUAAAAAAAAGAUACAGCCACCUCAAGCUAUUCAACAAAUCAGGUCUUAAAAGCUUUUUUUAUGUUCUAAAUUUAACAAAGAUUUUUGGCAAAAAUUGGCGACCAGAGCAGGCGACAACUAUUGUUUAACUGGAGGGAGUGGGUUCCUAAAGUGUUGUGAUAAGACUAUAUGUAUAAUAGGUCCUGAAAAAAAAUAUUUUUUGUUAUUUUAAUUUAUUUCCACAUUGAUCAAGGACUGUAGAAAAUAAAUGUUGACGUGAGUAAAGAAUAUUAAUAUUUACGUCUAAGGAGCGAACGUGGCGAAAUUUCUGUCGUGGUAAAGAGCUAGUUGUGGCUCCAAAAUUUCUUAAAAACAAGCCGAAGAUCAUUUCGACGACAAUUGGAUACUAGAAGAUGUAUCAAAACAACUUGGUACUUGCGAAGGUUUUUUUCCGCUCUUUAUUUUGUUCCACGGCCUCCAGGAAUAUUACCUUCAGCCGUAAAGUUCCUCAAGAGACUUACACCGUAUGAACUGAAAAAUCAGAUCAACUUUGUUGUACGAAGAACUCGGGAUAUUGGACAAAAGAACUUUCAAACAUCUCAACCCUUAAGCAGCUUCUCAAAACUUUCCUUUUUUAUUUUGGAUUUCGGUUAUUUGCUUCAAGACUACUUUUCUUAAAUUGUUUUAUUUGUGCAUUUGUAUUACCGAGACAAACGCUUUUCGUUACGAAUUGAAAACGAACGUUGAGAUAAACAUGUUCGUAGUUUAUCUCAACAGUUUUCCUAACAUUCUGAUCAGUGAUUUUUAAGAGAGACAUACUCAAUUUUUUAAACCAUCGAAGUGUUUUUCUAAGCGUUUCAUUUUAAGGGAACUAGAAGGAAGCCGGACUAUUUCACAAUCGUCCUUGAUUUUCUUCCUUUGACAGGCUCAGCUGGAAAAAAUGGUGACAAAACUGAAAGUAGAAAAGGCUCAAGUGGAAUCUUCUUUAAGAGAGGAAGAGGCAAAGUGUGGCAUGCUGUUGAGAGAAGUAAAGGAUGCUAACGAGGUGAGCACCGACAUAUAUUUUGUUUGUAAUAAAACCCCUUUGAUUUAGGGGUGUUCCGCCAUGUUGUGACGUAAUCAGACCGUUUCCUCUGCCUGGCUACCAAGCAAAAAAUAAUUCCUUUGUAAAACUAUAAGUGGCUGGCGGCUGACACUGUAGAAUUUUUUUUUUCUUUUUUUUUUUUUUUUUUACUUUAUCUCUAUGCUUAAAGAAUAUUUUGGAAGCCAAAUGUUUCGUGAGAACAUAUUGAUCGCUUGCUUGUCAAAGAUAGGCGUUUACUUCUGUAUAGUCAGGCUAUCAGCAUUUCCAGUGAAAUAGAAAAAAAAUAAUCCAGAUUUAAUCAUACACUUUGUAUCGAUAAAACUUUUUUUUUAGAUUUUGCUUCUGAAAGAUAUAGCGAACCAACUCAAAGAAUUAUCUUUGACUUUGGUCACAGAUCAAUCACUAUAUUCUCGUUAAAAAUGAAAAAACGAAAUAGCUCGUCGGUGAAAAUACAGAAAAAAAAUAUCAUUUAGAGAAAAUUGCCGUCACAUUGUGAUGGGUUGUGCUAAAUAAUGAGCAUAUAAUACACUGACAGUCUUAAACUUCUGAGCAAAAUUAUUAUCGUGUUAUCAUUUUUUGCAUGCAAGCUGUUUAAGUUUGCACUUUAUUUUAUACCUUUUUUUGGUGAGGAUUUUUUACUUUCUUCUAAAUCGUAACAGAAUGAUCUUUGUUCAGAUAUCGCGAAAGCGUAAUUCAGUACUUUACUGUGGAGCAAUUAUAUCGUUUUCGUAUUUAAAUCUAUUUUUUUUUUCUCUUACUGAAAAUUUUUCCUCGCUAUUUCAGAAAGGUAAACAUGUCGGCUUGAUUGUAUUUUCCCCUUUUGACGUCAUUCUAUUAAAUGUAUUCGCUCUCCGCCACGUUAUCAGAGCGAAAAUCCUUCUUUGUACUGACUUGUGGGAAAAAAACUGUCUGAUAUUUCAAUAAUCAUAAAUCUUUCUUUGAAAUCGGUUUUAACUGACAUCGAAAUCAAAAUCCGCUCAAAGAUUUAAUUUUACCGCGUUGUAUAAAACUGAACAGUGGAGCCGAGGAGCGAAUGCAAUAAUAGAUGUGCUGUCCAUGGUGAGAUCAAUUAAUUUUGAGAUUUGCAUGGAUCGUGUUUUGAGUAAGCUUAGUGUACAUUUUCUCGUUUGUCUCGUGAUUUAAAUGCGAAUUUGAUUUAUUAAUGGUGAGUAUCAGUUGUCUUAUCUUGCGGUUUCGAAAAUCAUUGUGCAUAAGUAUUAAUUAUACAUAUUAAUCGCGUCGUGUGCUAUUUAAACCAAUCAUUACCAUUUUUCUUGCUCAUUAAAAACUUAUGACCCCCAAUUUUCACCCGACGCUAAUCUCGAAAAUACUUUAGGACGCGAGGAGGAUUUUAACCACUAAAGAAACAAUGAUUCAUCUGUCUUGCGUGAGCAUUAUUCUGCAUUUCGUCGGUGUGAUCCCGAGCGAAAAGUGGUAGUUCUUAAUGUCGGAGAAAACCGGUCGAACUGGAAAAAUCCCAGUGAAAUAUGACGACAAUCUGGUUUUAUUCCUCUGUCGAGGUUCAGAGAGGAAGAAAGUUAAUUUUCGAACGCGUGACGCCGUUCCCAAGUUUAAAUAUAAGGUGCCGUAUGCUGCUUUGUUGAUGUUGAUUUGGAUUCAUGUUUUCUCAUUAAAAAGUGACAUCAAUUACCUGCACUUCUUUUGGAACAUGUUAUAGUGAGAAGAAAAGAGAACUGAGUUCCAAUUUGGACUAAAAACAGUGAACGAAGAGCCACUUGGUAAUUUCGUUUCGAACAUUAUUUCCUUCUGUCCGCCAAUCGGUCGGUCUGUCGGUCGAUCGGGUCAGUUGUUUUUCAGUCGGUCAUUAAUUCGUUCGCUUGGUCGCCCGGUCGCUCGGUCGCUUUUUGGUCAGUCGUUUGUUCGGUCUGUCUUUCAUUCAUUCGUUCAAAUCUUCCUUGUUUCCUCGUUUCUUCGUCCAUUUGUUUCGUUGUUCGUUUAUGAGAGCGUAGGUCUGUGCAUUUGACUAAUCGUUUUUAAUUUAUUCCCAAUAACAGGCGCGACAAAGCUUGGAGAAAUUGUUGUCCAAUGUAAAAGGAGACUCUGUUGAGCUUGAAAACAAAUUACAGGUAUGAUAACGUUUGUUCGUAUCUGUAUUAACGAACGAUGAGCACUUACAACAGCAGACAAGAUAUGACGCCUCGUAAGAUUUGAAGGAGGCACUUUUGCGGCAUUUCAAUUUAUAUUUACCUGAAAGGACUACGUAAUACUUGUUUAGAAAGCUAGAAGAGGUCUUAAGAAGCAAUACGAAACCAAGAGUGAACCGGAAUAGGUAAGAAUGGAGAAUAAUGGAGCAGAUUGCAAUCAAUGAACGACACUUCCCUCUUUAACCUCUGAAAAAUAGUUACCAACUUCAGGUUACAGACUUAAUUGCUUUUUAUGUCUGUUUUCCAGUCUGAGACGCUCUCUCGAACCCAACAUGAGAGAGAGGCCGAAGAGCACAAGGAACUGUGGGAAUCGGAAGUAAGGUCAAGAACAAAGCUCGGAGCGAAGGUACAACGCGCAUGUCUCACAGACAGAGUAGAAAUUGAUACUAAAUCGGGUGUACAUGUUCCGCUAACUUAAACUUUUUACUGCCUUAGAUCGCAGAGAUGGAAAAACGGUUGGAUGAUGCUCGUGUAGAGAUCGAAGAGGUGAGAAUGAAGACUUUUUUAGAAAUUUGGUAAUUUUAUGAUGCCUUUUAAAUGACUUCUGUUUGCUUUUAAUGUAGGAAAAACGUAGAACUCGUAAAGCUCUGGAAGCGAAAAAAGUCCUCGAAGCUAAGCUAGAAGCCAACGACCAAAGGUAAGUAUACCUGAGGGUAACAUGUGAUCAUUUAGUCUGAUCGUUCGGGUAAGUGUAGUCCUGAGAGGAACUGGUGUCGGUAGUGGUGACCGACGUUUUGACGCUAUAAACUGGGACUCCGUGCAAUGCAUUACCUACAGUACUAAGUAUUUUCCGCGAGACGACUUUUUCGCGACUUUUACACCACAAACGAACCGAACAGAAAGACUUGACAUUACCGAAACUAAUCAUUCAGGACCAGCCACUUAAGUCUUAUAGCCAAUGAAAUCACGGUUAAACUGACCAAUCAGUUUACACGAACCGGACUUAUAACACUCGACUGACAACAACUAUUCACUGGACUCUGAUGAUGACUUCUGCUCAAGUUGUCAAAACGUUAGUUACUACUACCGACAACAGUUCCCCUCGGGACUACACUCACCCCGACGAGCAGACUACACGAUCAAGAGUAAUUUGUCCAUUUUACACUGGACUCAUAAGAUCCCUUUGCACCUUACAGUACCUUGUAUGCUGGUUCACCUUCUAUAUUCUUCCUUUUCAGAACAUCUCAGCAUCAAAGAGAAGUCGUUGCUCUUAAAACGCAGCUUAAGUCGUACAAACGACGUUUUAAGGUAAGGCUUGAUCACAUUUUUUUGUCUCUCCCAGUUUUUCGCAAAUUGCUUAAAAGAAUUUGGCGUAUGAUAGUUAUUGUAAAAAUUCAUUUACGAACAAAGAGGCUAGCGUCCAAACUCCGUAGAAAAUAUGUAUUAAACUUGUAAAAUGAACCACAAUAGUUGACUAAAAUAAAAAAUCCAACACUUAAAAUUCCAAACAAAGGGGUAACAAAUUUACGCGAAUGAAAGCUCAAAGACAACUAAAACUCCGCGAAAACCAACAAAAAGUACGCGAAAAAUGUCCACGUCAGUUUUUCAAAGUCAAGGUUAGAGUUCUUUCACGUGAUUGGCUAAUUUGUGAAACCACGCGCACCGCGCUUGAAUACAAAAAGGAUACGAAGGGGGGAAAGGAAGAGUAAAAUUGAAAUUUGAAAUUUGAAAUUUGAAAACGAAAGAGGUUUACUCGUUAUUUCUUGAUCUUUUUAAAGGAAUACGAAUCUUCGGAGAGUCGGAUACCAGCUCUUCGAGUUGAAUUUGACAAGGAGCGAUCUGCAAUGGAGUCGCAUAUUACGACAUUACGAAGACAGGUUUGUUUUCUGGUUACUUUUCAGUAAGGCAGGUAUCAUCAACGACAUAGUUGAAGUCGGAGUGGUUGUUGUAGUCGUAAGGCACUUCUGACACAUUGCAAAUUGAAACUAGGAAAGGUUUUGGUGAAAAUUUUAUGCUUUGCUUGUUGAGAUCUUUAGAGCAAUUACCAUUUGAAUGUGCACGAUUGCUUUUGGUAAGCUUUACUUCGCUAUGCGAUUGGUUCAGAAAACUCGUGCCACUCUCUUUGAACCAAUCACAUUCAAAACUAAGCUCAACUGCGACUUAGUCAUUUGCAUUUUCCCGCGCUUUAGACAAUUCUGUGUUCUGCAGAUGUUAAUGAUAACAUCCUAAAGGGGUAACUAUCGAACAUAUAUUUCUCUUUCAUAAUCUGAUUUAUUUUGUCUUUGACAGUUAGAUAAUUUGAGUGAGAGGCUUCACCAAGAAUCAGAGAAUCGCUCACGAGCUGAGCUGACAUGCAAACAGCAGCAACAAGGUAAUCAUAAGCUUUAUUAACAAUUGGUUAGUAUGCUGAACUCCUUGUAGCUUCAUGCUACACAGACCGAAAAUUGAAAAUUGAAUUAUGAGUCGUUCGGAUUGAGAGGUCUGCGUUCGAGACCUAGCCGUGUGAUCGUCUUGUGUACCCCUCCCCACCCGGGAGUAUUAACAGUCAAGGAAACCUGGCGAAAUGUUGGAGGGGGGGGUGGUGUGUGAGGUAACCUGUAAUUUACUGUCACCCCAUCCAAGGGGGGAGUUGUUAUACGCUCAGUCGCGGCAUGCUCCAGAACAGAAACCGGGAUAAGCUCAGGCUAAAUAGGCCACUUGGUUCCGUCGCAGCCUGACCUCUGCCUAUGAUAACUGUUUUUUCUUUUCAGUCCAAACUUGUGCUUUGUCCGUCAAUAAAGUUUAAAAGUUAAUGGCUAGUAGCGUCAAAUCUAGUAACAGUUCAAAUUUUAAGAAAAAAGGUCUCAAUGGUUGUGCUCCACCUUACUCUGUCUUGUUCAUUGUUUCAACAGAACUAUCAGCUGCGAAAGCCCAAGAAAAGGUGAGUAAAAGAAUACCAACGAUUCUAAGGUAUUUUACUACCUGUGGACGAGUAAGUUGCAGAGUACGCGUAAUUUUGGUGCAACAUUUUCUUGGUGGAAAUAAUAGCUGCUACCUUUGAUUAUUAUAGCAAUAGAAGGCUGGGAAGAGGAAGAAAUUUGUACCCAGGUGGUGAGCGACGGUCAAAAGGAAGGAUUGGGGAGGGGAAGUGAAAUUGAAAUAAAAACUCACCCUUAUAAGACGCCUGCACUGCAGGCUAGUGGACGAUUUGUCUUGUAGGUGACGAAUCUGUCAUUCAAAGUUGUUCACAGGUGAUAUCAUUGCUGCCUCGUGACAAAACCUUGGAAGCGAAUUUAUUAGCAGUUAUACAUUUAAUUUUGGGUAGAUUAAUACACCUAAUUAUAAAACGGCAGGUGCCUCAGACGAUCUGGAUCGAGUUGCAUGAGUACGAGGCACCGAAGGCCACGAUUUUAGUGUUUUCUCAUGAGCAGUCUUUUAAAUGCUUUAUGUGUUUAUAUUAUAUUCAGCGUCUUCUCUUUGACCAAGAACGUCUGCAACUGACCAAUAGGCAAUUGGAGGAAGAAGUUGGAAGGUUAAAGGUGGGUUGGGCCACAAUCUUAGGCAGAAAGCUACAGUAUUUGGAUAUCAAUGGAUUUGAGUGGCAGGACCAGAAAUGAUCAUUUAGGGGAGCGCUCUUUGAUAUGUUUUCAUUUUCUCUUUAUCAUAGGCGUUCUAUGAAAGUAAUUUUGUAGAGAAUGGCCAGUUGGAGACCUACAAGCAGGAGCUUGAAGCUAAGGUAACUUGAGACUUAAGUCGUACCGAUAUCAGUCCAUGAAGCACUUUACUACUGAGAGUGCAAAGUAAUCCGAGACACAUUGUUUCUGCUUUACUUCGCUCUAUGAUUGGUUUUAAAAAGCUCAGCCCACUUUCUCGACCAAUCAGACGCAAAGCUUAAACCUUUCUCGGUUUGGUCACCCGCGCUUCGAGCGGUCUGCUUGUCUUUGCUUUAAGCUUUGAUUGGCUUCUUGGGAUAACAAUGGUUUUGGUCAUGAGACUCUCGUUUGAAAUGUGCUCGUAAGUUAGAAAGAAGACCCAAAAUAUUGACGCGCUUAUAUGUAGAGAAUUUGUCAUAGUGGCUGUCGUUUUUACUUCUCUCGUUUCAAAAUAUGUGACUCUUUUCUCCAACAGUCCCGCUUUGAGUUGAAUCGUAAAUUAGAGGAAGUCAACGCUCACUUAGAAGAACAGGUGAGGCGGUUUUAAUUUUCAUAAGUAUUUUUGCUCAUUCUGUAAAGAGAUUUUUAUCAGUGUGCGUGUUUGCAGCAUUCCCCUGGGAUUGCUUUGGUUUCGCUCUGUGAUUGCUCCAGAAAGCUUGCGCUACUGUCAACCAAUCAGAUGCAAAGCUAGCACUAAUCACGAAUUUGUAGCCCGCGUUUUCCCGCGCUUUAGUCGGUUUUAAUUUUAGUCCUCAUUGGAUCUCCGGGGUAUUUUCCUUUACAAUACUCAAUCGAAAGCGUUAAUGAAACUGUGUUGGAAGUGAUAACUAUAAGUUGCCCUUCUGGGCGGUUGUUUGAUUUUUUUGUGUAGUUUAUUUGUAGUUGGUGGAGUUAUGUGCGCUCUCACUUGAAAAUUGUUUAUCACAUGUUGUGGAUUGGUUUUGUUACCAACAGGAAAUUUUUUUAUGAAACUUCGUUUAUGUUUCCUCGUAGGCCGCUGCGCGGGAGAAACUUGAUAAACUUCGCGAAGCAAAUGAACUGAAGACCAGAAAGGCGCUGGAGAUGACAAUAACAGACCUAAAGGUUAGUGUUGUUCUGUCGCAUAGCGGGCAUAAAAACGGAAAAAGAAAAAAGUCACCGAUCGCAAAAGCAAUCACUAAUCCCGUACGCGAGAAAAGAAAACAGUCGCUAACCGCAAGAAGGGAAAGUCAGCAGGCGCAAGAAAAUCACUCACCUAUCGUAUGCAGGGCAAAAUCGAUCACUAAUCGUAAGCGUGGUAAAACAAUCAGUCACCGUUCACAAGCACUCGGAUUACAAGUUAUGAACGACAAUAAUUGGAAGCUUAUGGUAUUUAUGCGUAUGUGUUAGGCUGAUGUGGCGAAAAUGCGAGCUGGAUUCCAUGAAAGCCAAACGCGGAAAGAGACUUUAGACGCUGAGGCUAAAAGAUACAAGGUAAUAUUAAAUCAGUGAUUUCAUACAGCAGCUACUAUCAACAGUCCUUUGAAGCUAAUGUCACGUAUCUUAACUUAUACAAUCUUGUAAGACAAUUUUGUAUGUAAAUAGCUGCUGUCUCAGUACCGGUUGGUGCGAGAGACCCAGUGGCCUGAUAGCCAGUGCGAGAGAUCUGGGUUCCAGCCCCAACCGGUUCAUUUGUGUUGUGUUCUUAAGCGAGACAGUUAACUCCCACAGUGCCUCUCUUAACCCCCUCCCCCUUGAGUAUAUACGGUUAUAAAUAAAUUGUCAGGGGAAUAUGAUGAAAUGCUGGUGCUUUGUUUGCGAUGAACCAACAACUUGUUAAGAAUUAGAUUGUGAGCUCGAUAUUUCUAUCACUUGAUAAACGAUUAACAUGUUUUUUUUCCUCAGGAUUUAUACGAGAGUGAGAUGAAGUCGAAAGAUAGGCUAGCGAGCCGCCUGUACAAAGCUAACGAGAAAAUGGCGGAAUCUCAAGCGUUACUUAAGUAAGCAAUUCGCUAUACCUUCAACUGAUUAAUCCAAUAAGUUCGUGAAUCACGCCUCGUGUUCGCCUCGCGCUGGAUUGAACAAAGAUUUGAGAAUUUUCUCCUCAAACAAUCAUAAUAAUUGCGAGCAGAGAGUCUAUGAGAAGGUAGAAAAAGAUGAAAUAGGUUAUAUUGUUUAGUUGAACUCCAAAUUCUCCGAGUAAAGGUAUAUGGCCAAUAGUGUAGUGAAUUUAUAUUUAGAUCACUUGUUCGGAUUCUCAACACACUUGAUUUGUAUUUCAUUUUAUAUGAUCCCACACACAUUUUGAUUGAUUCCUAACUAGAAGUAUUGGAGGACAGACGCAUAGAUGACAUCACUACGAACAAUUUUUUUUUUUAAUUGUAUAAAGUGUCGUACUCGGUGACAUACUCGGCCAUGCCUGGUGUGCCUCUCUUUCGUUAUUACCACAUUGUGACGUUAUCUGUGAUCUCUCGCUGAACAGACGCACGUCGACAUGGGAUAGUUUUUUUAAAAAGAACACAAUGAUAGGGUAGAAUUUAAUAGUAACUGAACCUUCACAGUUUGCACAGAAGUGUUACUAAUACUUCCGAAUGUUUCUUUUCCUUUCACAGUCUGGAGAGAUCUCGUAGAAAUUUCGAUGGAUUAAAGCGCGACACGUCUCCGCACCAGUUUACCUCGGGUGGCAUCUUAAAUGGUUCACCCAGAACAAGCCCUGAUAGAAUGUACUCUAAGGUACGCUUAAUCCCGAUCACGAUAGGAUCGAUUUAAUCUCUGUUGUCGUCUCAAAAAGCACCAUGGAAUAAUCGGCUACUGGAAUGACACCCAAUUGGGGGGGGGGAGUGACAUGACACCGGGUAAAGCUGCACUGAACUGGCCGCAUGUUGGCUCAAGUGCAUACUUUCUCUGUUUUAUCUCAUCGAGAUAAAUUUGCAUUUUUCCUUCAAAAAUCUAGAUGGAUGUAUAGUAAAAUAUUUUGUGGUCUUCGGUUUAGGGGGACGGGCAAUUAAUGAAGGCAGUGGAGGAUGAACUAAACAAAAGUAUCAAGCGUCAUUUGGAAAGUGGUAAGUAGUUUUCCGACUUAGAAGUACAAGUGAAUACUUCCGGUGAGUGAUGUCGCGUGACUUCCGGUGUUACGCAACCUUUUCAUAAGCAAUUUUCGAUAUCAUGCUGGUGAUAUGCUUUUCCAUAAUAUUAAAAUUGCUCUCUUUUUUUUUUAGCUCCCUUGACAUCAGACCUCGAUCUCAAGCCGAGCCUGUUAAGUGAUGGGGACAGCGGUUCAUACGGACCGCUGACCGCAUCGUCCAAACAAUACAUGUCAGUUUUACGAAAAAACUACUUUGUGUAAGCUACACACGGUGUGCCUACGAAUUAACUAAAUUAAACUUUUUGUGUGUGGAAAAUGGCCUUGAAGGCUGUUCGUGCUGCUAAUAACAAUUUAUGAGAUAACAGACCAGUUUUUUUGGUCCAUAUUUUACACUGCGUAAAAAAUUUCCUUAAAGAAAAGACGUUUAAAAUUUCUUUUCAGAGGAAAAUACUAAUUUAUAUAAAAAAUUCAGAACAAAAUUAAGUUUAUCGAUAUCCUUUGUAGUAUUUGUAUGUAUGCAUUAUAAAAUCAUAUUUGUAUUAUAGGGUAAUAUGACGGAUUGCUUCAUCGGCCAUCUGUAAUAUUUAUUUCUUUUUUCAUGCAGUCAACAACUUUAAUAGCUACAUUUAUUUUGUACGUGUAUCCAAGACGACGUUUUUAUACUGAAUUAAAAAAUUCUAUUUUUAG